UUUAAUUAAUCCAAACACAGGCACCCUUUGGUUUCUUCUACCCAGCUACAUCCUCAAGGCUAGCAAUAUAUAUGCAUAUGAUCAGUAGCUGUGGCGUUCAUAUGAGAGAGCGGCGAAAUGGCAGCGCCGCCGCAGAGGGCGGAUGACGACGACCAACAGAGCGCCGGAAGCUUGAGGAUGAGUUCUAUGGAACCGGCAGAAGGUGAUCAUCAUAAUCAUGAGAAGGAGGCUGAUCAGAAUCCUAGGAAGAUUGACGUUCGGAAGCUUGACGCGGGCGAUCGGACGCAGUUCAUUGAUCGCUGCUUUAAGGUUGCCCAUGAAGACAAUGAAACAUUCUUGAAGAAGCUGAGGGCGCGUUUUGAUCGGGUUGGGAUCCAACUCCCCACAGUGGAAGUAAGAUUCAAGGAACUAGCUGUUGGAGCAGAUUGUUAUGUGGGUAGCCGAGCUCUUCCCACACUUGUAAACGCCACCCGCAACGCAUUAGAGUCACUCGUUGGCUUGCUCGGAUUAAGAUUUGCUAAGAGAUCAAAGCUGACCAUCCUCAACAAUAUAUCCGGCAUUAUAAAACCAUCAAGGUUGACACUGCUGCUGGGUCCUCCCUCGUCUGGGAAGACAACCCUUUUGCUAGCAUUGGCUGGAAAGUUGGACCCAAGUUUAAAGGUGAGUGGAGAAGUGAGUUACAAUGGGUAUGAGCUAGGUGAAUUUGUGCCAAGGAAGACAUCGGCAUACAUAAGCCAGAAUGAUGUUCAUACAGGAGUGCUAACUGUUAGGGAAACUCUGGAUUUUUCAGCAAGGUUUCAAGGGGUGGGCUCUAGACUUGAACUAUUAACUGAGCUUGUGAAGAGGGAGAUGGAGGCUGGGAUAGUCCCAGAUGCAGAAGUGGGCCUUUUUAUGAAGGCGACUGCAAUGGAAGGAGCUAAGAACAGUCUGAUGACUGAUUAUGUUUUGAGAAUAUUGGGACUUGAUAAAUGUAAGGACACAAUUGUUGGAGACCAGAUGAUGCGAGGCAUUUCUGGUGGUGAGAAAAGGCGACUGACAAUAGGAGAGAUGAUAGUUGGACCCUCAAAAACCCUAUUCAUGGAUGAGAUAUCAGCGGGUCUAGAUAGCUCGACAACUUUUCAGAUAGUGAAGUGCCUACAGCAGACUGCUCAUCUUACCAAAGCUACCAUCUUCGUAUCCCUGCUCCAACCUGAUCCUGAGACAUUCAAUCUCUUUGACGACAUUAUCCUCCUAUCAGAAGGUCAAGUUGUCUACCAGGGGCCACGGAAGCACAUACUAGAUUUCUUUGAAAGGUGUGGAUUCAAAUGCCCUGAGAGAAAGGGCAUUGCCGACUUCUUACAAGAGGUUACAUCAAAGAAGGAUCAAGAGCAGUACUGGGCUGAUAGGAGAAAGCCCUACCAUUAUGUAGCAGUUGGUGAAUUUGCAACCAUGUUUAAGGAUUUCCAUGUAGGACUAAAGCUUGCGGAUGAUCUCUCUAUUGCCUAUGACAAGAGACAAAAUCAUGAAUCAGCUCUUGUUUUCACAAAAAGCUCGGUUCCAAAAAUGGAUCUUUUGAAAGCCUCUUUUGAUAAAGAGUGGCUCAUGAUCAGGAGAAAUGCUUUUGUUCAUGUCUUCAAGACCAUUCAGAUUACAAUUGUUGCAAUAUUGUUAUCUACAAUGUUCUUGAGGACAACACUUGACAUCAAAUAUGAUGAUGGGCUACUAUAUAUUGGUGCAAUAAUAUUUUCUAUUAUAAUCAACACGUUCAAUGGUUUCGCUGAGCUGCCAGCAACCAUGAUGAGGCUACCCGUGUUCUACAAGCAAAGGGAUCUUUUAUUCUAUCCAGCAUGGGUUUUCACUCUCCCAAAUAUUUUGCUUAGGAUCCCUUUGUCACUUUUAGAAUCCAGAGUGUGGAUGACAGUUACAUACUUCACUAUUGGAUAUACACCAGAAGCUAACAGGUUUUUCAAGCAGCUGCUGUUAGUAUUUUUAAUCCAACAAACUGCCUGCGGGAUAUUAAGGCUGAUUACUGGAGUAUGCAGGACCAUGAUCAUUGCUCACACUGGUGGAGGACUUUAUUUGCUACUUCUGUUUCUUCUUGGAGGACUGUUCAUCUCAAAAGGUGAGCUUCCUGUAUGGUUGAAAUGGGGCAACUGGGUGUCACCUAUGGCUUAUGGUUUCAAGGCUAUGACAGUCAAUGAGAUGCUUUCUCCGAGAUGGAUGAACAAAAUGGCAUCAGACAAUAUGACGCGAUUGGGAGUGGCAGUACUAGAGAGCUUCAGUGUCUCUCCCAACAGUAUCUGGUAUUGGAUUGGGGUCAUGGCCCUUUUUGGGUUUAUUAUCCUCUUCAACUUCCUGUUCAUCUUAUCACUCAUGUACUUAAAUCCCCUUGGAAAGCCACAAGCUAUAAUAUCCGACAAAACUACAAAUGAGGAAGCAUUCGACCAAGAAGGAAAGGUAAAACAACAAGUACAUGUAACAAGAAGGCUGGAGGGACAAACAUUAACUCAUGGAAAUAAUACAGGAGUAGCAAUGGAAAAAAAGAGAGAGCAGCCCAAUGGCAAAAGGUCUAGCAGUGAUUCAACAGAUGACGUUACUCUGAAGAGAGGAAUGGUUCUUCCUUUUACGCCUCUAUCCAUGUCAUUCAACAACAUCAAUUACUACGUGGACAUGCCCUUGGAGAUGAAGAAACAAGCGACUGAGAAAGAAGACAGAUUACAACUGCUAAAAGAAGUGACCGGGGCAUUCAGGCCUAGGGUCCUGACUGCAUUAAUGGGAGUUAGUGGAGCAGGAAAGACAACAUUAAUGGAUGUUCUAGCAGGAAGAAAAACAGGUGGUUAUUUCGAUGGGGAUAUUAGAAUCUGCGGAUUCCCAAAAAAACAAGAAACAUUCGCAAGAAUUUCUGGUUAUUGUGAACAAAAUGAUAUUCACUCUCCCCAGGUAACAGUAUAUGAAUCAUUACUCUACUCUGCUUUUUUGCGGCUCCCUAAAGAAGUCAGUGAUGAAGAAAAGAUGAUUUUUGUUGAUGAAGUCAUGGAGUUAAUCGAGCUGAAUGUUCUCAAAAAUGCUAUAGUUGGGAUUCCAGGGAUUACAGGUUUGUCAGCAGAACAGAGGAAGAGGUUGACUAUAGCAGUGGAGCUUGUUGCAAAUCCCUCAAUCAUAUUUAUGGACGAACCGACUUCAGGUCUUGAUGCGAGGGCAGCAGCCAUUGUCAUGAGGACCGUGAGAAACACAGUGGAUACUGGAAGAACCGUAGUCUGCACAAUUCACCAGCCCAGUAUUGACAUAUUUGAAAGCUUUGAUGAGCUUCUACUUUUGAAGAGAGGGGGACAAAUCAUCUACUCAGGACCAUUGGGUCAAAAUUCCCACAAGAUUAUCAAAUACUUUGAGGCAAUUCCUGGAGUCCCAACAAUUAGAGAAAAGUACAACCCGGCUGCAUGGAUGCUUGAAGCCAGCUCCGUUGCAGUAGAAGUCCGUAUUGGAAUUGAUUUGGCUGAACAUUACAAAGCAUCUGCCUUAUUCCAGCAAAACAAGGAUCUGGUAAAGGAGUUGAGUACACCAACACAAGGAACAAAAGAGCUUUAUUUUCCCACACAGUACUCUCGGUCAACUUGGGGACAAUUCAAAUCCUGCUUUUGGAAACAGUGGUUGACUUAUUGGAGAAGUCCCAACUAUAACCUUGUGCGAUACACUUUCACCUUAUUUGCAGCUUUUAUGCUUGGCACUAUAUUUUGGCAGGUGGGCAGUAAAAGGGAAAACGCAACUGAUCUAACUAUGAUCAUAGGGGCAAUGUAUGCUUCUGUGUUGUUUAUUGGAAUCGACAAUUGCUCAACUGUCCAGCCCGUAGUCGCCAUUGAACAAACAGUAUUGUAUAGAGAAAGAGCUGCUGGGAUGUACUCUGCAUUUCCAUAUGCUAUGGCACAAGUUAUCUGUGAAAUACCAUACAUCUUUAUUCAAGCCGUGUAUUAUUCACUCAUAGUGUACGCAUUGCUGAGCUUUCAAUGGACACUAGCAAAGUUCUCUUGGUUCUUCUUCAUCUCGUUCUUCUCCUUCCUCUACUUCACAUACUACGGGAUGAUGAUGGUUUCAAUCACACCAAACCAUGAAUUAGCUUCUAUCCUCGCAUCAGCCUUCUAUGCUCUCUUCACCCUAUUCUCUGGCUUUUUUAUCCCCAAACCAAGAAUUCCCAAGUGGUGGAUAUGGUAUUACUGGAUUUGUCCUGUGGCAUGGACUGUUUAUGGGCUCAUUGUGUCACAAUAUGGUGACCUAGAGGACACCAUCAAAGUGCCUGGGGUUGAACCUGAUCCGAGCAUCAAAUGGUACGUGGAGAACCAUUUUGGGUAUAACCUGAAUUUCUUGGGACCUGUUGCUGGAGUUUUGAUGGGCUUCACUGUGGUUUUUGCUCUCGUAUAUGCAUUAUGCAUUAUGAAAUUAAACUACCAACAGAGGUAGCUAAAUAAAAAAUAAAAAAUAAAUGUUGUUGUAUCAUGUUGCUUAUAAAAAGAUUGUUUUAGGCAUGUAUUAUAGCCCUGCAAGUUCUAAUCAUAUAUGCAUCCCAUGUCACAUGUGUCUUA